AUGUUAACAUUAUUAUUGCUACAAGUGGUGUUUUCAUAAAAAAUUUUGGAUUCACCACUUGAACAAGUUGUAUGGUGUAAAUCUGAAACCUUCAUUCUUAGUGCAAAAGGUAUGCUAUAUAAAAACUAUACAUCUGAAAUGCCAAAGUUAAUAUAAAAUGUAAAUAUGAAUUAUUCAUUCUAGUUAACUAUAAGAGAAAUAUUACAAUCAGAAGCAGAUUCUUAAGUACUUUAUCUUUUAGGUGAUUUCGAUACUUCUUAUGUGACUUAGAAUUGUGGGAAAACGUAUUAAAAAUUUAAGCAUGAAAAGACUUUGCAUGAUUUCAGGUUAAAUCCAUUAGAAGCCCAUAGUUUAAUGGCAUUUAAAGAGUUUAGAUGCAAUGCUACAAGUGGAAAUUUGUGUAAAGAGAAAUAUAAAAAAUAGUAUGAAGAUCUUUAUUGAAUUCUAGAUUGUAUGUAAGUAAUGAUUUUGGAAGUAAUUGGAGACUAGUAUUAAAUAGAACAAAGGAUGCAAUAUGGGAUAAGUUGAUUGAAUUGCCAGAAGUACCAGAUUCAAGGAUUGUAGCAUCUUAUUUAAGUGAUUAAGGCCACGUAUAGGUUAGUUAUAGUGAUGAUUACUUUAAAACUACAAACUUAUUGAGAAAUAAUUCUUAUGGGUUUUAUUAGACUAAAGAGUAUUUAUUUAUUUUGAUUGAUGCUGACCCUUUUAGUAAAGGUUAUGAUCUAGAAGUAAUUAAAUAAGGAAGUCUUACUCCAGUAGAAUUGGUAUUACCAAUUGAAGAUCAUUAAAAAUAUACAUUUACUGUAUUGGAUACUGUAAAUGGAUCUAUUUUUAUAUCAAUAUCUCAUUUGGAAGACAUGCCAAAGAUAAUGAAUAUAUAUUAAAGUGAUACAACUGGUACUAAAUAUACAUUAUCAUUGUUAAAUAAUGUCAGAAGUUUAGAUACUGGAAAUUGUGAUUUUGAAUUGAUUAUGAGGGGUAUUUACAUUGCAAAUAUUUAUGAUAAUGGUGAAUUUGAGAAAUUUAAGUUGAGAAGAUCAACAAAAAAUACAGAUGGUAUUAAAAGAUUAGAAAAUUAUAAAUAAAGUAGAAUAACUUUUGAAUAAGGAGGAGAGUGGCAUGCUAUCAAAGCUCCAAAAUAUGAUUAUAAAGGAUAACCUAUAUAAUGUAAUGGAGAUUGUUCAUUACAUUUAUUAGGAAGAAGUGAAGCACCUAGAAAUAGAAUUGUAAGUCAUUCAUAUAUUACAAUUGGAACUGGAAAUACUGGAAUUUAUUUAGGAAAUGAAUAUAAGACUUAUUUAAGUAGAGAUGGAGGACACACUUGGUUUGAAAUAUUAGAUGGAAUGCAUAUUUAUGAUAUUGCUGAAAAUACAGGACUAAUUGUAUUUGUAAGUGAUGAAGAAUAAGCAAGUGAAAUCUUAUAUACUUGGGAUGAAGGUUUAACAUUUAAGAAGAUUAAGAUGAAUGUUACUAUGGAUAUAACAAAUGUUGUAUAUAAAAAUGGUAAGUUUAUAUUUCAUGGAAUAUCUGAUAGUAAAACUCUUGGAGUUGCAAAGGAAGAUGAUUUUACUUCAAGUGCAUUAAAAGGAAUAGUAGUUUCAUUAGAUAUCAAUUAAAUUAUGGUUAGAGAAUGUUAAGGAUUUGAUAAUCCAGGAGAAUAAGAUUCUGAUUAUGAAUUCUGGUAUCCAACAAAUUAUGCUGGAGAUAAGUGUUUAUUUGGAAGAAGAGAAAAGUAUAUAAGAAGAAAAUAGAGAGCAUAAUGUUAUAAUAAAGAACCUAAUCUUCCAGUAUAGACAGAAACUUGUCCAUGCACUAAGGCUGAUUGGGAAUGUGAUGUUGGAUUCAAAAGAGAUGUUUAUUCUAAUUGUAUUCCAAUGAAAGAGAUUAAACCUAAAUAAUGUAAAGGAACUUAUAUGAAAAGUCAAGGAUAUAGAAAAAUAUCUGGAGAUGAAUGUUAAGAUGGGUAUCAUAUUUAUAUAUAUUCUAGUGUAUAUUUGGGUCCAAUUGAAGUAAACUGUCAAUAAGAAGAAUAAUCUAUUAUUCAAAAUUAAGAUGCCAAUNGUGAUUUUGAAUUGAUUAUGAGGGGUAUUUACAUUGCAAAUAUUUAUGAUAAUGUUGAAUUUGAGAAAUUUAAGUUGAGAAGAUCAACAAAAAAUACAGAUGGUAUUAAAAGAUUAGAAAAUUAUAAAUAAAGUAGAAUAACUUUUGAAUAAGGAGGAGAGUGGCAUGCUAUCAAAGCUCCAAAAUAUGAUUAUAAAGGAUAACCUAUAUAAUGUAAUGGAGAUUGUUCAUUACAUUUAUUAGGAAGAAGUGAAGCACCUAGAAAUAGAAUUGUAAGUCAUUCAUAUAUUACAAUUGGAACUGGAAAUACUGGAAUUUAUUUAGGAAAUGAAUAUAAGACUUAUUUAAGUAGAGAUGGAGGACACACUUGGUUUGAAAUAUUAGAUGGAAUGCAUAUUUAUGAUAUUGCUGAAAAUACAGGACUAAUUGUAUUUGUAAGUGAUGAAGAAUAAGCAAGUGAAAUCUUAUAUACUUGGGAUGAAGGUUUAACUUUUAAGAAGAUUAAGAUGAAUGUUACUAUGGAUAUAACAAAUGUUGUAUAUAAAAAUGGUAAGUUUAUAUUUCAUGGAAUAUCUGAUAGUAAAACUCUUGGAGUUGCAAAGGAAGAUGAUUUUACUUCAAGUGCAUUAAAAGGAAUAGUAGUUUCACUAGAUAUUAAUUAAAUUAUGGUUAGAGAAUGUUAAGGAUUUGAUAAUCCUGGAGAAUAAGAUUCUGAUUAUGAAUUCUGGUAUCCAACAAAUUAUGCUGGAGAUAAGUGUUUAUUUGGAAGAAGAGAAAAGUAUAUAAGAAGAAAGUAGAGAGCAUAAUGUUAUAAUAAAGAACCUAAUCUUCCAGUAUAGACAGAAAAUUGUCCAUGCACUAAGGCUGAUUGGGAAUGUGAUGUUGGAUUCAAAAGAGAUGUUUAUUCUAAUUGUGUUCCAAUGAAAGAGAUUAAACCUAAAUAAUGUAAAGGAACUUAUAUGAAAAGUCAAGGAUAUAGAAAAAUAUCUGGAGAUGAAUGUUAAGAUGGGUAUCAUAUUUAUAUAUAUUCUAGUGUAUAUUUGGGUCCAAUUGAAGUAAACUGUCAAUAAGAAGAAUAAUCUAUUAUUCAAAAUUAAGAUGCCAAUUAAUCAAAUUAUAAUGAAACACCAUAAUAAUAAGUUAUUUCUAAAAAAGUAUAGGUUUCACAAAAAAAAGCAAGUGGUGGUGGAAUUAAAUUCUCUUAUUUGGCAAUUGGAGUCAUCUUACUUAUUUUAGCAUUCUAUGUAAAAAAGAAGUAUCUGGAUUCUGGCAGAACAAAAAAAAGAACUCCAGCUCAUUACUAUCCCAGUAGAUAAUAAGAGAAAUAAAGUCUAUUUACAGAACUAUGAUAAUG